AUGUUUCGAGAUCAAUUGGUUCGAGCUCUUGAGGAUGCUGGUACAAUUCACUUCAAGCCGCUAUGGAUAGCCUCGAGUGACAAGCUAGAAGAGCUCAUUUUGGAAAUAUUUAGUUUCGGUAAAGUGAAAGAUGUGCCAGACGAACUACGGUGCGAAAUUACGGUUCGAAUGUGGACAAAAUUGAGAGUUUUAACGCUUUUAGAGUUGUUAUGCCGACAUCGAAGUAUCAGAAUUGCCGAAUUACGAGAUGAAUGCGAACUGAAAUCGGAUCUCGAAGUCGAAAACCUUGCAAUGCGUCUUGGGAAAUGGGUUGAUUUCCAAAUUGAUCAAGUGAGUGGGGAAAUACAUGUUCUGCGAUGCUACGAGGGACGAGACGUAUACAACGGAGAGAAACAGUUGCGGCUGGUCCGCAACGCACACACUAGACUCGCUAUCUUGGAUGACCUCAAUUCCUGGAAGAAACGUCUGGAAAAUGACAUGUAA